AUGUCUUCCACUGCCGAUACCAUCACCCCCAUAUGGAGUUACGACGUUUUCUUGAGUUUCAGAGGCGAAGAUACCCGUAAAGGUUUUGUCGACCACCUCUACACAACCUUACACGAAAAGGGUAUCGACACUUUCAAAGACGAUAUUGAACUCAAGAGAGGAAGUUCCAUUUCCCCACUACUCCAAAAUGCCAUUGAAAGAUCCAAAGUUGCCCUCGUUAUCUUCUCAGAAAACUAUGCCGAUUCCACUUGGUGCUUAGAAGAGAUUGCUAAAAUCGUCGAAUGUAAUCAGAAAUUUGGCCAAAAGAUUUAUCCCGUAUUCUAUAAUGUGGAACCUUCUGAUGUUAGGAAGCAAAAAGGGAGUUACAAAGAUGCUUUUGAUGAACAUGCAAAAGAUCCUAAGAAUAAAUUGAAGAUUAUCAAUCUUGACAAUCAUGUUCUUGUUUUGAGUCUUAAUCGGAUUGAAUUGCUUGUUAGAGUUUAA